CGGAACCGCUUCAGCUUAGUCCGGAAACCAUGCAAUCUGCAACCCGCUGCAAGAUCAGAUCAGGGUUCACUACAGGUGCUUGCAGCGCAGCUUGGGCGGCUCCUCAGGCUCCAGGGCUCCUCCUUCAGACGACUCCCUUGGUAUGAUCUAGCAUUGAUACGUAGCUAGAUUGAUAGGCGUGUGAGGAUCCUGGAUAGGCGCUGUGCUGGCGGAUAAGUCGUAGCCCCAAAGGACAGGAUACCAGCGGCCAGUGCUCCCGAGGUUUAUGCUUCUGCAACGUGCAAGUGGGCAAUCUGGAAAGGCAAUUUUGCACACUAGUCUUGCAGGAUGGCAGAAGGAAGUAAGGGAGGAAUUCAGCAGCUUUUGGCAGCAGAGCAGGAAGCUCAAAAGAUUGUCGCUGCUGCAAGGGCAGCAAAAACUGCAAGACUGAGGCAAGCAAAGGAGGAAGCUGAACGAGAAGUUGGCCGGUACCGGGCGCAAAGAGAAGAGGAGUUCCGCAAGAAGUUGGCUGAUACCUCUGGAGACUCGGGAGCAAAUGUAAAGCGUCUUGAUGUUGAAACUAAGGAGAAGAUAGCGACAUUGCAAAAGGAAGCACAGUCGAAGGGACCUGAGGUUGUUGAUAUGCUACUAAAGUUCGUGACCACUUUGAAGACUUGAGCCGGCUGGGAAUCUCAAUCGCUUCUGCAAUAUUGGUGCUCCCCUCUUUUCCCUUUCUUUUGUAUAGUUUUGAUUUAUGGCAACAUCUGAUCAGACUUUUCCUGAAGGACAUGGACAAUAUAAAGUCAAAGUAUUUGCAUGAAACCAUGGACUCUGUCUCCGUUUAGGACUGUCACGGCACCGCUCCCUAUAAUAUGCAUAUUCAAAGGUGAACAUCCAUUAUGCAAGUUGAACCCGCCUCGCUUGUUCUAAUCAUAACAUUGAUAUAUGAUACAACUUAGCGUUUAUGAAUUAGGACUCGGAUGAUUCAGCCUAGCAACCGUGCGAUACAACGCCAACUUGGACCACGUUCAAUAACCCGGCU